UACGAUUAGUAACGAUAUCUCUAUAGGUCCAGAGUCGAUCGAUAGAUGUAGAAUAUAUUUCUCUCCUACAUCAUAUUCAUAGUGACAAUAUAAAAGGUCAUUCCUACAGAGGAUACAUAAUUGCUGGAUCCAACGUAUCCGAUAACGCAAUAAUUAAAAUGGAACGCAACUUAUGUGCAAAAAGACCGAUUUGCUUCAUAUUUUCUGGAAUUGGAUCUCAAUGUCUUAACAUGGGUCGAGCUUUAAUGAAAUUUCCAGCAUUCAUUAAAACAGUCCAGAAAUGCGACACAAUUUUGAGACCUUACGGUAUAUCGGUGACAGGUAUUCUAACAAAUGAAGACAAAGAUAUUGUCGAUAACGUAGUCAAUUUAUUUGUAGGCCUUAUUGGAUUACAGAUCGGGAUAUUUGAUCUUUUAACAAGUAUUGGUAUCAUUCCUGAUAUUAUAAUGGGUCACUCCAUUGGCGAGUUGAUUUGUGGAUAUGCCGAUGGAUGCUUGACAGCUGAAGAAACGAUCAUGUUAGCAUAUUAUGUCGGCUUAGCAUUUCUUAAGUCAAAAAUAAUAGAAGGCUUAAUGGCUGAAAUUAAUCUCGAUUCUAAAACUGUGAAAAAUCUCUGUCCAUCGGAUAUUGAUGUAGCUUGUUACAAUACCUUAUGUAAUUCUGUUGUGAGUGGACCAACGACCUCUGUAAGAGCAUUCCUCGCUAAGCUGCAGAAUAACAAUAUUCCUGUAAAAGAAAUUUCCUUUGGACAUAUACCUCUUCAUAGUCGUUACGUCGAGCCCGCAAGAGUUAAACUUUUGGAAUAUUUGAAUCAAAUAUUGCCACAACAAGUGUCUCCAAGCUCAAAGUGGUUGAGUGUACCGAAUGAGUCUUAUGAAUGGUUCAGUGCAUCUCCAAAGUCAAAUCUAGCAGAAUAUUAUGCAAAUUAUUUGCUAGCCCCGGUAUUAUUUUCAGAAACUCUACGCUUUAUUCCAAACGACGCAGUGACGAUUGAGAUAGCGCCGCACGAUAUUCUACAAUACAUUCUUAAUGAUUCUUUAGAGACCACAGUGACAAAUGUCGCUUUAUACAAAUUCUCUCACGAACCAAAUAUUGAAUUAUUUUUACACGGAAUUGGAAAACUAUAUAAUGCAGGAUUACAGCUGCAAAUCGCAAAUUUAUAUCCGGAAGUUAAGUUUCCUGUAAGUCGUGGAACACCGAUGAUUUCUCACCUUAUAAGGUGGGAUCAUUCCAAAGAUUGGUAUACGUACCGUUAUAUCGGACAAAGAACAAUUGACAAAGAAGAAGUAAUUGUUACUAUUAAUGUGUUAGAGGAAGAAUAUAUAUAUAUGACUGGACAUGUUAUUAAUGGAAAAAAUUUGUUACCGGCUACAGGAUAUUUUUUGCUUAUAUGGAAGAUGAUUGGUUGGUUAAAGAAACAACAUUAUCUGGAUAUACCAAUUAUAUUUGAAGAUGUCAAUUUUCUACGCUCUACAAUAUUAUCAAAACAAAACUCAGUCGAUUUAACUCUUAUGAUACAAAAAGGUAGUGGCAAAUUCGAGAUAAUCGAAGGAAGCAAUGCUGUCGUUACUGGAACAGUACGAAUUCCAAUUAAAAUUGAAGACGAGAAAAUAUGUAUUACAUUUAUUGAUCGAACUGACAAUGAUGAAGAGGAGAUGAAUACGAAAGAUAUCUAUAAAGAAUUGAAGCUUCGUGGUUAUCAAUAUACUGGUGAAUUUCGUGGAUUAAAAAGCGCGUCAAUUAGGGGAAAGAAUGGUCAUAUUGUCUGGACUGAGAACUGGGCAACAUUUAUUGACAACAUGUUACAGAUGAUGAUUUUAGGACUGGAUUCGAGAAGUCUCUUCGUACCAACAAGAAUUCGUAAAAUAGUAAUCGACCCAGAAUCUCAUAUAGAAGAAAUUGAGAAGCUUCCAAAUGAAGAAAAACAAGUCCUUGUACAAAAUUAUAAGCAUUUAGAUGCUUUAAUAUCCGGAGGAAUUGAAGUAAGCGGCGUCGUGGCUACAUCUAUAUCUCGCCAACAAAGAUCAAUCCAUCCCGUUCUUGAAGAGUACAAGUUUGUUGCUCAUCGGGAUCUAGAUGUAAUGUCUUUAGAGGACAUAACAAGAAUGUCGGUGCAUAUUGCGCUCGAGUGUUACAAUAUGGUAAACGUAAAAAUCAUCGAAUUUGUGGAGGAUAGCGAUCAAGUGAUGCCGGAAAAUUUAAAUUGUUUAUUUGUGAAUAAAGUACUAGAUGAUUUACCGCAAAUUCAAUCCGAUAUCAAACUGGUAGCAACACACGAGCUGUUCAAAGAUAUCGCCUUGCCUGACAAUAUUUCUACAAUAAAAUUUGAUAAACUGACAAAAAAUGAAAAUUGUUUGAUGACUAUAGGUUUCGGAAUUUUAACAAAAAAUAAAAACGAUCUAUAUGAACAAUUAUUAUCUGUCAUAAUGUCAAAGGGAUUUCUUCUAACAUUCGAAGAGUUGGAUGCUAUCUACGACUACUCAUGUCUGGAUAAGUAUGGGUUAAAAGUAAUUUUGGAGAAACGCACCAACGAUAAGACAAUUAUAUUAUUAAGAAAAAUACACGAUAUUAAGAGGAGUGAGCAGAUUGUGCUUAUAAACAAUUAUGAAUUCUCAUGGAUAGACAGACUUAAAUCAUUCAUGAACGUAGAAAAUGAAACUACGAGGAUUAUAAUCGUCGCAGAAGGGGACUUCGAAUGCGGACUAAUCGGCCUUGUAAAUUGUUUGCGAAAAGAACCGGGUGGUAAAAUGAUUAGAGGUGUAUUUAUUCAAGAUAAAGAUGCGCCUAUUUUUUCAUUGCAAGAAUCGUUGUACAUGAGGCAACUACAGCUGGAUUUACCCAUCAAUGUUAUACGUUCUGGUAGCAUUUGGGGUUCUUACAGGCAUUUUCCAUUACCAUUAUUACAACCGAAACUCGUACAGAGUGCUUAUGUUUCUCAAAUGAUGCGUGGUGAUCUUAGCACUCUUUGUUGGGUGCAAAGCAGAAUAUCUUUGGUCAAGAAUGAUAAAGAAAAUCUGAUAAGAAUAGUCUAUGCUUCUAUCAAUUUUAGAGAUGUCAUGGUAGCUAGCGGUAGACUCAUGUUAACUUCCCUCGAAUUGUUGGAACAAAAGAACAGCUCUUUAAUCGGAAUGGAAUUUGUUGGUUUUAAUAAAAAUGGACAAAGAGUAAUGGGACUGUGUUCAAAUGGGGGAUUUGCAAAUAUUUGCGUAGCUGAUAAAUAUCUCAGUUGGAUCAUACCUGACGAGUGGACGAUGGAAGACGCCGCGACGGUUCCUUGCGUAUAUAGCACAUGCUAUUAUGCUUUGUAUUUGAGAGGUAAAAUGAAGAAAGGCGACAAAGUGUUAAUUCAUUCUGGUACGGGAGGCGUUGGUCAAGCAGCAAUUCACCUUGCACUUUACGAAGGUUGCGAAGUGUUUACAACGGUUGGAAGUACCGAGAAACAACAUUUUAUAAAAGAAACAUUUCCCUCUAUUCCUGAGGAUCAUAUCGGAAAAUCUCGAGAUACAAGUUUUGAACAAAUAAUUAUCUAGAA